AUGGCUUCCACCACCAGCCGUGCCUCGUUCGAGGCUAUCUUCCCCGCAAUUCGUGAGGAUCUCCUGAACUCUGCGAAGCAGUACAACCUGCCUCAGAAUGCGCUCGAGUGGUUCGAAAAGAACCUCGAUGUCAACGUCCCCGGUGGAAAACUCAACCGCGGUCUUUCCGUCCCCGAUACCGGUCUGGCUCUCCUGAAGCAGCCCCUGAGCGACGAGCAGUUCAAGCACCUGAGCAUGCUCGGCUGGCUCACGGAGCUGCUCCAGGCGUUCUUCCUGGUCAGCGACGACAUCAUGGACAGCUCGAUCACGCGCCGCGGCCAGCCCUGCUGGUACCGACACCCCGGCGUGGGCCUGGUCGCCAUUAACGACGCCUUCCUGCUCGAGUCGGGCAUCUACAUCAUCCUGAAGAAGCACUUCCGCUCGCACCCCGCCUACAUCGACCUCGUCGAGCUCUUCCACGAGAUUACCUACCAGACCGAACUGGGCCAGCUGUGCGAUCUGAUCACCGCCCCCGAGGACAACGUCAACCUCGACAACUUCUCCAUGGAGAAGUACAUGUUCAUCGUCACCUACAAGACAGCCUACUACAGCUUCUACCUGCCCGUGGCCCUGGCCCUGCACUACCUCCAGCUCGCGACCCCCGAGAACCUCCGCCAGGCCCACGACAUCCUCAUCCCGCUGGGCCAGUACUUCCAGGUCCAGGAUGACUACCUCGACGCCUACGGCGACCCGGCCGUCAUCGGCAAGAUCGGCACCGACAUCCAGGACAACAAGUGCUCGUGGCUGGUCAACCAGGCCAUCCAGCGGUGCACGGCGGAGCAGCGCAAGGUCCUCGAUGCUGCGUACGGUCGCAAGGACGGCGAGCAGGAGGCCAAGGUCAAGGCUCUGUACAAGGAGCUCGACCUGGAGAAGGUCUACAAGGAAUACGAGGAGAAGGUCGUGGGCGAGCUUCGCACCAAGAUCGACAGCAUCAACGAGGCGGAGGGCUUGAAGAAGGAGGUGUUCGAGGCCUUCCUGUCCAAAAUCUACAAGCGUAGCAAGUAA